ACACUUUCACGAACACCGGUCACAACUCCUCUACGCUUGGAACAAUUGCGCCAGGAAGAUAAGAAGCUCAAGAAUAACGCAAACGGUAUCCGUGUCCAACAGUUUACGUACACGGACUCAAAGCGCACUGCAACUACGCCUGCCAUGUCUUCCCACGAGAAGCUCUCCGCUGCUGCCAACGAUCGCAAAGCGCGUCUCGCCCAACUCAAAUCUUUGAAGCGGAAACAGGCCCCAGACUCAGAAGACACACAACCAGGCCUCGAAGACAGCUCCUCUGCGACGUCCACAGCCGUCACACGUACCGAACCCGAGGAAACAUCCGUAACAAGCACCUAUCUCAGCGGUCGCAACUUCGACCCCACCACACGUAAUGUGAAGCUCGGUUUCGAUAGCACGCCAGUAUCCGAUCCCACGAAAACGCUAGAGUACCAAGCCGAGCAGCUGGCUCUUGCCACCAAAGCCGAGCAAGAGGCUGAGAAGGCGGAAGAUAAACCUCUAGAUCUGUUCAAGCUGCAGCCCAAGAAGCCGAAUUGGGAUCUGAAGAGAGACUUGGAAGACAAAAAAAGGGCGCUGGAUAUUCAGACGGAGAAUGCGAUUGCGCGGUUAGUGCGGGAGAGGGUAGAGGCGCAGAAGAAACAAAAAGAUGGCGAGAAGAAUGGAGAGGGUGAACCGGUAGGAAUGGAAGGUAGCGAAUUAGUGGAGGCUAUGCAUUUGAAAGAAAGAGAGGAAGAGGAGGACAGGAGGCGCGAUGCUCAAGAUGAAGACGUCAGCUGA